UAUUAGGCAAUCUCCUGCUAGGUUGCAAAAGUUUAAAUCAUGUUGUGAGAUGGAGGGGAUUGAAAGUAAAAGUUCUUUAUGCUUAGACGUGUGCACUAGGUGGAAUUCUACUUAUUUGAUGUUAAAUGUUGCACAAAAGUUUGAAAAUGCAUUUGAUAGAUAUGCUACUAUAGAUCCAUGCUUUAAAUUUGAUCUUCAGUCAAGUGAUGGUUUGCCAGAUAGUUUGGAUUGGGAAAAUGUUAGGAGACUUGUAGAUUUUUUGGGCCACUUUUAUGAUCUUACCUUGAGAAUAUCAGGAUCUCGAUAUGUCACUUCUAAUAUAUUUUUUAAUGAGAUCAGUUCAGUUGAUUGUUUAUUGCAAGAGUGGCAAGGGAGUAAUGACGUAGAAUUGGCAUGUAUGGGUGAAAGGAUGAAGGUAAAAUUUGAUAAAUAUUGGGGGGAUCCUGAUAAGAUGAAUAAAAUAGUUUAUAUUGCAGUGGUGGUUGAUCCUCGAUAUAAGUUGGAAUUUAUGGAAUUUGCUCUUUCAACUGUGUAUGGGAAAGAAAAGGGUAUGGAAUUGGCAAAGAAAAUUAAAUUGACUGUAUAUGAGUUGUUUGAUGAAUACAAGAAAACAUAUCAAGCUGAACAUGAACGUGGUAGCAAUGUAGCUGGGAAUACAAGUGAAAACAAUGAAAGUGAAGGAGCAAAAAAGAAAUCACGGUUGAAUUUGGGGGAUCAAUUCUUGAAACAUAAAAUAGAGACUGGAGAAGCUAAUAGCAAGUCUGACUUAGAUUGCUAUUUGAAUGAGGGCAUUAAAGUGGUGGAUGAAAAAGAAGAAUUUGAUAUAUUAAAGUGGUGGCAACUUAAUUCUGGUAGGUUUCCCAUCCUUUCAAUCAUGGUAAGAGAUAUAUUAGCAAUGCCUAUAUCUACAGUUGCUUCGGAAUCAGCCUUUAGUACUGGAGGUAGAGUACUUGAUCCUUUUAGAAGUUCUUUAACUCCUAAAAUUGUUGAAGCAUUAAUAUGUGCACAAGAUUGGUUGCGGAAGUCCCAUUGCUGCAAAUCCAUUGAAGAGCAAAUUGCUGACCUUGAAAGGCUUGAAGAGGCAUUUUCACUUUGUGAAAUAAAUAGCAUCAAUGAUAACACUGUGAACCGGGAUACUUGAUAUUACAGCAUUCAGGCUUGCUAGUUGGAGACAAAGUGAUGGAACUAUUGUAAUAUUUUAAUUUGUAAUUGAAUGAUUUUUUAUGUUGGACACUUGCUUAUUUGCUUUCAUGUUUGAUGUAUUUUAUGGAGUUUGUUUAAUGUGGACUGUAUAAGAACUUUUAUUUUA